UGACGUUUGUUUAUAAAUAACGGGACAGUCGAUUAGUUUGCGGCAUUCAAAUUUGCUGGAUUGGUGACAGAAAGUGAUGAUGUUGCAAAGCCGGUUGAUAAUCUGCGGCGUUAUACUUUUAAAUUUGUUCAAAUUUAAUUGCGCCUGCAAAGGCUGCAUCGACUUGGACGAGUACAACUUCGAUAAAGUUUUAUCCAAAUUCAAGGUGGUUUUGGUCAAGUUCGACGUCGCAUAUCCUUACGGCGAAAAGCACGAUGUAUUCAGCGAGGUUUCCAAGGAUAUACGCGACAUACCCGAUCUAAUAUUCGCCCAGGUGGGUAUCAAGGAUUAUGGGGAAAAGGACAAUGAGGAAUUGGGCAAAAGAUACGGUGUUAACAGCAAGGAUGACCUGCCAACACUCAGACUCUUUGUACAAGGCAAAGAUGAACCUUUUACCAUGUCUGAAGACUCUGAAUGGAGCCAGGAACAUAUCAAAACUUUCAUCAGAGACAACACUGACUUGUAUAUUGGACUAACUGGUUGUCUAGAGGAGUUCGACAAGCUGGCUGUCAAAUUUGCCUCUUCCGACGACAAACAAUCUGUGCUCAAAGAAGCUGAGGAUCUUGCCACUAAACUACAAUCCAAGAGGGACCAAGUAACUGCAAACAUCUACACAAAAUUCAUGUCGAAAAUCAUCGAAAAAGGAUCGUUCGUCAAUCAGGAACUGGCCAGAUUGAAUAAAUUGCUCAAACAAGGCAAAUUAAAUGAGAAAAAGAAGACUGAACUGUCUAAUAAGAUUAACAUUCUAAAAUCAUUUCGCCCCCCUAAAACAGAACUCUGAAACAUGCACAUUUGCACCUUAGUUGUUUUUGUUGUGAUUGUUUGUCAAGCACUUGCAUUUUAUUGCUAGUUUUUGGGUAUUACUAUUUUUUAAGUUUUAGGUGGUUUAAUAAAUUGCCUUUGUAAGGUU